AUGGCAACUGUCAACAAUGAGAACCUCGUAUUCUAUCCCGCGUUCUGCUUCAAGGCAUCACCAACGCACUUUACCUGGGUGAAAAUGGGUGCGGCCGAUGUGCAUCGCCUCCGAAGAUCGAGUAACUUUGUGGGCCAAAACAUCUUCUUCUACAACAACCAUCCAAUCCAAUUCGUCAGCCUAGUAGGCGUCAUAGUGGCGCGAACUGAUUUCCCAUGGCGCACAAUCCUAACACUAGACGACAGUAGCGGCGCAACAAUCGACAUAGCCGUACAAAAAAAGACCGAACCAAAAUCCAGCACCACUAGUCAAAAAAACCCCACCACAGACCCGGAACAACCAGAAUGGUCCUCAUUUUCACUCACAGCGCCAACAGCCACCAGCCUCACUCAAACAACACACCUAACCUCCAAAGACCGCGACGAGAUAGACAUCUCAGCUCUCCAACCAGGAACACUAGUCCGGGUAAAGGGGACACUAUCAACUUUCCGCUCGCAGAUGCAGUUAAAUCUCGAACGGUUCUGGAUUGUGCGCGAUACGAACACCGAAAUGCAAUUUUUGGAUACCCGUCUGCGAUUCCUUAUUGAGGUCUUGUCUGUGCCUUGGGCGUUGACUGACGAGGAGAUUGAGACGCUGCGUGCUGAUGCCGAGAGGUGUGAUGAGCGUGCAUUGGAGAAUAAAAAGCGAGCGGAGAGGGUUGCGAGGAAAAGGGUUGAGCGGGAGAAGAGGCAUGCUAGGGCUAUUGCGCGCCGGUAUGAGAAGGAGGAGAAUGAGAGGGAGAAGGGGCUUAGGGAGAUUAGAGAGGAUGGGGAAAGGGUUAUGAGGAAGUUUGGGUUUGGGGCAGGGUGA